UUUGCAAAAAAAAUUCUAAAAAUCUGGUCCAAAGUCUCAACGGCGGAAUUUUUAAAAUUUUGAAAUGAAAUUACAGUAGACUCUCGCAAAUUCGGCUCUUUUAAGAUCGGGCUACUUUUUAAAUCGGGCAGCGGUUACAUUUGAAAAAAGUUUGUUGUCAUUUUUCAAGUUUGAUUAUGAUUAUCAAAUGAAUCAAAUAUGCUCAAAUUUAGCAUGGUUUGUCUUAGUUUUGAUGUGAUUUUGCAUUAUUGAGGGAUUUUCAUGCAAUUUACGUUAUAUAUGAGUGGGUAAACUCAAUAUCUAUAUGCACAUGUCGCCCGAAUUUCUGUCUAAUUCGGCUGACAUUUCGGUCCUAUAUGCCCGAAUUUGAGAGAGUCUACUGUAGUGAUAAUUUUAUUCUGUUUAAGACUAUGAGGUCAAUUUUAAAUAUCAAUAUAUACUUUAAAAAUACUUUAUAAUAGUAAGCUGUUGUGAAGAACGCAAAACGAAACAUAUGAAAGCAUUUUUGGAAAGCUCUCGUGAAAUGCUACUUCCCCUUCAUACAUCGCAAGCUCAUAAAACCACCGCUAGGGGUGCUAUUAUUAAAAAAAAAAUUUCAAUUUUCUAAGUUAAAUAACUCAAAAAUUUCUUUGUGCAUCGAUGUGAAAUUUUAGUAUGUUGUAGCCGCAGAUCAUACCGUUCAAACAAAAAAAUAUUUAAGUUGAUCGAUAACCCCGGACCCGAGCUAUAAGGGAUCAAAGUUAGAAAUUAACCGGCCUAUAUCUCCGGUUCUAAUUAACAUUUUGUCCUAAAAUGUGGCUUUUUGGUUUCGUCUCGCUGAGCACUUUCAGAUGGAAGUUCAAAAAGUCACCACAGGUGGCGCUGCGAUAGCGUCAAAAUUCAAUCACAUUUUUCUCAAAAAAAAAAAAUUCAAAAAAUCAUAUCUCGUGUUCUAUCUGACAGAAUUUGACGUGUGAGGACGCAAAUGAAAGAUCUCACAAAAUACUACAACUUUCUAGAACAUUUAAACUUUGUGAGACCAACACCAGAGGCGCCACAGUCGAAAAACCAAUUUCAAUAUCACAUAACUUCAAUUAUCUCGGCACAUGCUUUACCGAUCUUAAUGAUUACUUUGGCAGAAUUGUAGAGGACAUUUGUAUCUAUAUUUCGUCCAUGUAUCAUUUUUUGCUCAGACAACGCUAUCUGUCCGAUUUUGUCGUUUAAGUGUGAAAAAAUUGAUUUUUUCCAUAAUAACACUUUGGAACCACUCAGAUGCCAAUUUGAGUGCUUCUACUCGACCAAGGCACUUAAAAUAUGGUACUAAAUGAAAAGUUUCACAAAAUACAACAAUUCUUUGAUACAGUCAAAUACAGUUUAUCAAAUGAACACUUGGGGCGCUCUGGUUGAAAAAACGAGUUCAAAAGCAAACAACCUCGAUUAUCUCGGUUUCUGAGUAAUCUAUGAGAUCAAGUUCUUCGGCAAAAUUAUAAUUUUGGUCUACAUUUUAUCCAUGCAGCCCUUUUCUGUCAGUCCAUCAGAGUCCCUGAUAUUUUGUUUUAAAAUAUAAAAUUUGUAAUAUUUCUCGAAUUUGACUCAAGAUUAGGGUAAAAUAAGCUAAUUCAAAACUUGUUCCAAAUGGAAACUUUUCGCUACUGAAAAUGGAACAUGAUAAAUUAUACAUGAUAAUUAAUACAUGAUAAAUAGAGUACUAAAAUUUUAUUUAUAUAUAUUUUUACACUUCAGUUUUAUUAUUUAGUUAAUUUUGCUUCAAAAAGGGAAAAUCCAUUUAUAUCCACAAAUUUUAAUUUGUUAAUUUCUGAGGAAAAUUAAAAGAGCACAUUUUCACCAUAGAAUUUUUCAUCGAUCGACUAUAUUUUCUAAUGAAAAACACAAUAGGGUGAUUGUUCUUUAUUCGUUUUUUUCCUUCUCUCCAUUUGGAUUAAUUUGCUUCCAUUAGCAAUAUUUUGCACUUGUGUAUAUUUCUUGUUUAAGAAGUUUUCAAAUUAUAUUUAAAGAAUUUGCACUAAACAGUAACAUUCUAGAAUUUUUUAGAAAAUAAAUAAACUUAAUGUGUUGAAUCUUCUGUCAAAGUUAAAGCGUCUAGACAUGGUCCUGAAUUAGGACAUUUACCCUACUUGAAAGAAUUUAAAAUGGGAUUAAAGAGUAGUCUUCGUAGUGCAAAGAAACAUUUCAAUGUUGUUCAAAAUUUUAAUUUGAUUUAAAUUAACUCAAAUUGCAGUUAACAUUGUGAAUAUUUAUUCUAUUAAAUCUUGCACUAUGUGUAUUUUUGAUGUCGAGUGAGAGUUUUUCUUAAAACGGUUUUAGAGAAUUUUAAAUAUACAUCCCGAAUCUAAUUUCAUCUUAAGAGGAUUUUUCUGAACAUUAUUCGCAAUUUUAUCUCCAAAUAUCCAAAUUCUCAAUGUGUCACUAAAAUACCCAAUGUGCGAUAUGCGCAUUUACAAUUUCAUUUGAAAAUCUUUCUGUCUUUUUAUUCUGUCUUUUUUAUUCUGUCUUUAAUCUCCUUUAUCUCAAAUAACAUUAAAGUAACUGUUCAUUUCAACACUUUUUUGUAUAAAGUUUUGUGCAGAGUUAAUUUUGCUCACUUGCCUAGUACCAAUCGUCUCAGAUACAUCAAAAAUUAUAAUUCAGUUUUUCAUUCGCUGCACAACAAAAACCUAAUUUUUCCGUGAAGUUUCUGUGAAGUUCCGUGGUGAAGUGAAAAAUUUACUCAUUAAAAAGAAUUUCCGUAAUUUUUUUCUGGAAUUUUUUUCCGUAAAUAAUGGAAAUGAAGUGCUAUAUUUGCAAAGCCGCAUUUAAAAAAAUUGAAGAAUUUGUUUUUCACUAUAAAAUUGCUCACUCAGUGAACUAUUUUAGGAAAGACAAAAUUCAGUGUGUUUUUCCUGAGUGUGAAUCCAGUUUCAGUAACAUGGAAAAUUUGAAAAGACAUUUGCGAAAUUUUCAUCCAAUUCCAUGUUCUUCUAAAGAUGACUGCACAGGAUUUCCAAGAGUGUCAGAACCAGAAUCUAUAGAAAUAGACGAGGCGUCAGAAGUGAGAGGAGGCAACCCAAGUCCCAAUUCUUCAUUCAGAGGAAAUGAAGAGAAUACUUAUUCAGAAAAUUUUGAUGACCAUGAAAUGAUUUCGGAUGAAAGCUCAGAUGUUUCCCACCAUACUGAAGAUGGUGAUGAAACUGGGAGAAAAGGCAUCGAUGAAAACAUACCGUUAACCUAUAUCGAUUCGCUCAUGAAACUCUUGAAUGAUCUCGGAAUAGCAGAAAAGGACAUAUCCAAAAUUAUGGAAGCAUGCUCAUUUAUUAACGAAAGCACAUUUGACAUCAUUAAACAUGUGGUUGCGAAAGAAGGAUCUUCCGAAAUAAAACAAAAUAUUGACAGAUUAUCGGAUCGUCUUCGGUUGAAAUAUGACAUAGCCAGCAGUGCGUACAGGCGGCGUCAAUUGUUGUCAAAAAUGGAAUAUUUUGUUUUACCAAAUUGUAUAGGGUUACAGAUUGACAUAAAUAGUCUGCAACCCAAACAAAGUAAAUUCGCAUACAUCCCUAUCCUUCAAACUUUGGAAAAGAUUUUGAAAAAUGAUGAUUUAUUUAAAGUCAUAUUUAAACAGAGACAAGUAUUGAAUCCACAUGACGUAUUGGAAAAUUAUCAAGAUGGUACUAAUUUUAAAAAUAAUGUACACUUAAAUGACAAUGAGUAUAAUUUGUUCAUUCAAGUUUAUUUUGAUGAAUUUCAAUUUGCCAAGCAGUCCAGAUCAAAAAAUGAAAAAAUAGGAAUUUAA